AUGCGCUUGGAGCGCGAUCCGAAACGGAUGUGGGUUUCGGAGAAUAGCAACUUCCUGCGUGACGUGCAAUGGAUUAAAAAUACUUUCGAAGAGAGUUACCGGGUAGAAAAUGUACUAAUUACUACGCAAGAUGUUCUUACUCCAUCUGUAAUGCUGAAAGUUUACGACAUUAUAAAACAGAUCAACUCUGUAAGCGUAGUUCAAACACAUUGUAAUGCAAUGGAACGCAUCCUGUGGGAAGACGUGUGCCUUAAAGUGCCCUUGAUUGACGGCGAAAGUCUACAGAAUUUGGGCGUCUUGGGUGAUACGUUUCCUCAAUAUAAUGCCAGUAGCGAUAGUUUCGAUCCUUACGAAAAUCUAAUUUGUUUGCUUGUGGAAUAUAUUUCCCGCGAAUGUUUUAUUGCAAGUCCUUUCAAUUUUGGACAAGCAAACAAGCAAGAAAUUAGUGAACUCAUAAAGGAAGACAUUUUGAGGGUUGUUAAUGAGAAUGCACUGCUUGGCACUUAUAGUGCGUUUAACUUGGAUGUCACGAAAAUACUUGGAGGAAUUGAGCGGGAUUCGAGUGGAAGAAUUUUCAAAGCUAGGAGCUUAUUGGUAAGCUGGUACGCUGAGGUAAACUACAGCAGUACUACAAAGGAUAUCGACUUGUGGGAAGCAGGGUUCUUGAACGAAAUGGAAGAAGUUAAACGAAGAUAUGAAACGGAGCAAUUCAGAGUAGAUUAUGCUUCUGGACGAAGUUAUGGAGAUGCUACAAGAGAGGCGAUUUUUCAGGGAUUCGAUAUGGUUCAUGUGGGUUGCCUCCUGAUGUUCGUCUUUAUGCAAUUUGUGAUCUCCGGUUUCAGUUGGAUUGAGAUACGGAGUUUUCUCAGCGUUUGCGGUUUGUUAGGAAUCGUGCUGGCCCUCGUGGUUGCAUUUGGGCUUUACGCGCUAGUUGGAUUGACGUUUGUUUCCACCCAAUCUGCCCUGCCAUAUGUUGUGCUCGGACUUGGUAUUGACGAUGUUUUCGUUAUGCUGACUAGCUUGCGGAAAGUGCAAUUGGAAUUUGCCGAUUCUACGCUUCCGACACAGAUCGCUCUCAUGCUUCAACAUGCGGGAGUUGCGAUUACUGUAACCUCGUUAACGAACGUCGCUGCUUUCGCGGUUGGAAUGAUUUCGCCCUUCCCAGCCAUGCGAAUGUUCUGCCUGCUUGGCGCUAUCAGCAUUCUUGCGACGUACGUUUUUGUUAUCAGCUAUUUCGUGGCCGUAUUAACGCUGGAUGAGAAACGCCGUUCCGCUUGUCGAAACGGCAUAUUUCCCUGCAUCGUUCACGGUGACCUCGGGUCAACGCGACUAUGGUGUAAUCCACAAUUGAUGGAUCGCUUCUUGGCGAUUGUCUACCGGAAACUGACGACCAGCGUGACGUGCAAGACCAUGAUCAUUGGCACGGCCAUUUUGCUUACUGGCUGGAGUUGGACGAACUUUAUGAAGCUACGAGCCAAAUAUGAUUCCAAUUGGCAUUUGCCUCGUGGGGGCUACUACCAGGAAUAUAGAAGUCAAUUUAAUGCUGCAUUUCCCAAUUCUGGUACAGAGGCAUUUAUUUUCUUCGGAAAGAUAAACUAUUCGGCCGAUCUACAAACCCUGGUUUCAUUUUCCAACCUGCUGAGUAACAAACGUGAUAUUGUUCAGCAAAUCUUACGGUAUCACAAAUGA